AUGCCUCGAAAAGCAAUCGACUCCCGUAUCCCCGCCCUGAUCCGAAAUGGCAUCCAGGAAAAGAAGCGCAGUUUCAUCGUAGUGGUGGGUGACCGCGCGAAGGAUGUCAUUGUCCACCUCCACUAUAUCAUGUCCUCGGUCGAUGUGAAGCAAAAUAAAUCUGUUCUAUGGGCAUACAAGAAAGACCUACUAGGGUUCACCAGCCAUCGAAAGAAGCGAGAGACCAAAAUCAAGAAAGAGAUCAAGAGAGGCAUCCGAGAUGCAAACACCGAAGAUCCCUUCGAACUCUUCGUUACCCUGCAUAAUAUUCGAUAUGUCUACUAUAAAGAGACGGAAAAAAUCUUGGGAAACACAUAUGGCAUGUGUAUAUUGCAAGAUUUCGAGGCCCUCACCCCAAAUUUACUCGCCCGCACAGUCGAAACAGUCGAGGGUGGCGGACUUGUUCUACUCCUCCUUAAGGGAAUGAAAAGCUUGAAACAACUCUACACAAUGUCCAUGGACGUACAUUCGCGAUACCGUACAGAGGCACACGAUGAUGUGGUGGCUAGGUUCAACGAGAGGUUCAUUCUAUCACUCGGCUCCUGCGACUCGUGUUUGGUUGUAGAUGAUGAACUCAACGUUCUUCCCAUUUCGGGAGGAAAGAAUGUUCAGGCAUUACCUCCGACAGCAACGGAUACUGAAAACAUGCUGCCGAACAAAAAAGAGUUGAAGGAGAUCAAGGACAGUCUGGCUGACAGUCAACCCGUAGGAUCCCUCAUCACCUUGGCGAAGACGGUCGACCAAGCAAAAGCUCUCCUUACGUUCGUCGAUGCAAUUUCCGAAAAGACCUUACGAAGCACAGUUACAUUGACAGCUGCGAGAGGAAGAGGCAAAUCUGCAGCCUUGGGUGUCGCGGUCGCCGCUGCUGUCGCACAUGGCUAUAGCAAUAUCUUCAUUACAUCUCCCAGCCCCGAGAACUUGAAAACUUUAUUCGAGUUUGUCAUAAAGGGAUUUGAUGCCUUGGAGUACAUGGAUCAUGUCGAUUACACCAUAUUGCAGUCGACGAAUCCCGAUUAUAACAAGGCUAUUGUGAGAAUCAAUGUUCACAGACAACAUCGACAAACAAUUCAAUAUAUUCAACCUCAAGAUGCUCACGUCCUUGGUCAAGCUGAAUUGGUGGUUAUUGAUGAGGCGGCUGCCAUCCCAUUGCCUCUGGUAAGGAAGCUCAUGGGUCCCUAUCUGGUAUUCAUGGCUUCGACCAUCAACGGCUAUGAAGGUACCGGGCGUUCCUUGUCACUCAAACUCAUUCAACAACUUCGUGAGCAAUCCAGGGGCGGCGGAAAGUCUUCUGGAACAGAGGUGGAGAUCGCCGACAAGUCUACUGGCAAGGCAGCUAAAGACGGGCAGAAGGUAUAUACUGGUGGCCGAUCCUUGAGAGAAACCACACUGUCAGAACCAAUUCGGUAUGCGCCAGGUGAUGGAGUGGAAAAAUGGCUGAAUAGGCUCCUAUGCCUGGACGCCACCCUACCUAAAUCGAAGAUGAAUACCCAAGGCACACCACACCCCUCGACCUGCGAAUUGGUCCACGUUAAUCGUGACACCUUGUUCUCGUUUCAUCCUGUCUCGGAGAAAUUCCUUCAGCAAAUGAUGGCCCUAUAUGUGGCCUCCCACUACAAGAAUUCUCCAAAUGAUCUACAACUCAUGUCUGAUGCUCCUGCUCACCAGCUUUUUGUCCUUAUCCCACCAAUACCCGAAGAUGCGAGCAAGCUUCCUGAGCCACUUUGUGUUCUCCAAGUAACACUAGAAGGCAGAAUCAGCAAGCAAUCCGUCUUGAACAGCCUAUCUCGUGGUCAGAGAGCAGGUGGUGACCUUAUUCCCUGGCUGGUUAGUCAACAGUUCCAAGACUCUGAAUUUGCAGGACUUUCAGGUAGCCGUGUGGUUCGGAUAGCCACAAAUCCCGAAUAUCUCAAUAUGGGCUAUGGUUCACGCGCUCUUGAACUACUAACAGACUUCUACGAGGGCAAGUUCACCUCGUUGUCUGAAUCAGAUGAUUCAUCAAUCCACCAAGCCGAGCACAUGCCUCGAGUCACUGAUGCCGAGUUGGAACAGUCCAAUCUACUCGAUGACAACAUCAAAAUUCGUGAUAUUCAACAAAUGCCACCUCUAUUCAGCAAAUUGUCCGAACGCAAACCCGACCGACUUGACUAUAUUGGCGUCUCAUAUGGACUGACUCAACCACUGCACAAGUUCUGGAAGCGCUCAUUCUUCACACCUGUCUAUCUCAGACAAACACCUAACGAACUCACAGGCGAACAUUCAUGUGUCAUGUUACGGCCACUGUCCAGCAGCACCGCGAAUGAAAGCUCAUGGCUCAGCGCCUACGCCCAAGACUUCCAUAAACGCUUCCUCACUCUCCUCUCAUAUCAAUUCCGCACCUUCACAGCCGUACAAUCUCUCUCAAUUUCAGAAUCCGCAUCCCGCGGCAGCAGAACUAAUACCUCAAUAUCACACCCAGAAGCUGGCUCUUCAUCCUCACAAGCUCCAACCCUCACCAAAGCGCACCUUGACUCACUCUUCUCCCCCUUCGACCUCGCCCGCCUCGAUUCCUACGCCAAUAAUAUGCUCGACUACCACGUGAUUCUCGACCUCCUGCCCUCCAUUGCAAUGCUCUACUUUACCGGUCCACUCAGGCAAGCUCCAUGUAACGUUUCCCUCUCUGGCGUGCAGCAGAGUAUCCUCCUCGCCAUCGGCCUGCAACGCAAAGACCUAAAUGACAUCGAGAAAGAGCUAAGCCUCCCCAACAACCAGCUCCUCGCCAUGUUUGUCAAGGUCCUUCGAAAAGUCAGCACCGCGUUCCGCGCCGUCGUUGCUGGCGCCGUCGAAGCAGAACUGCCUGAGAGGAAUGAAACCUCCAAUUUCAACGCCCAGUUUUCUAACGGCACUGCUUCCCACGUUGAACCACGAGUCACGACCCGUGUACCCGCGGCGCUCCCUCUACCAGGCCAAUCGGUCAACGACGAUGAGGCAGAGCAAUCCAUUGACCCAGUCAUCCGAGAGAAACAGAGAGCGUUGAUUGACGCUCUCCCACUCGAUAAGUAUGCAAUCCACGCCUCAACAGACCCAACCGAGGACGACCAAGCAUGGGCCGACGCAGAGCGCCAGGUCCGCGAGGCCGGCAGCGGCGUCGUCAGCGUCAAGAGCCAAUUGAAGCAGGAUCGGAAGCGCAAGGCUGAGGAUGAUGAAGGGGAAGGCAAGGCAAACGAUGGUGCUGUGAACGGUAACACCGGCGAACAUGCUGGCGGUGCCAAGAAAGAGAAGAAGGCUAAGAAAGAUGGUGGCAGUGGACAUAGGAAGCGAGACGGCGAUGGAGAGAGGAGUAGAGGAAAGAAGGAGAAGAAAAGAGACAAGUCAUCGCGGUAA